UGAGCUUCAAUGUCAUUUUAUUUUGUAAUGCAACCGAUUUAGUGGUAGUACAUGACAACAAAAUCCUAUAAAAUAUGUCGAAUUUAACGUCUAGGUUAUCGAGCUUGGCGAGAUGUGCAAAUCAACACAUUCUGGCUUCCUUUAACAUGGGCAGAGCAUCAGUUGUAAGUACAGAGUCUCGGAGACCCAUAUGUUCCAGUGCGAUUAGACAACAGGAGUCGGCCGAGGAGGCUACAGUUACCCCUAAAACCAGUUCCAGAGAGUUCAGUAUAUAUCCACCUAUGCCAGGGGAGGACAGUCCUUUGAGAUGGGGUGGGAUGAAAUUUGAAGAUUUACCAAUUGCUCACAUCAAAGCCACAUACAACAACACACACAUACAGGUUACAGACCACAGUGGACAGUAUAUGGCUAGAACCUCCUGUGGAGCUGAAGGGUUCCGGAAUGUGAAGAAGUCAACACCUAUUGCCGCCCAGACAGCUGGGAUCUCUGCAGCUGCAAAGGCACAGGCGAAGGGGGUGACGUUCGUGCGGGUGGUGGUCAAAGGCCUCGGCCCCGGGCGUUUGUCGGCCAUCAAGGGUUUGACCAUGGGGGGUCUUGAGGUGGUGUCCAUCACAGACAACACCCCCGUGCCCCAUAAUGGCUGCCGCCCCCGUAAGGCUCGCAGGAUGUGAGGCGUAUCACAAGAGCCCAUGGACCCACAAAGCCUCCUACUGCCCGUAGGAGUCGCCAUGCCACGCAACCCGCCUGUGCCAUGCACCUGGGGCACUGGAAAGUCAGCCAUGCCAGUCAUCCAGCCAGCCGUGCUCAGAAGACGAUUCACACUUAAUUGUGCAGUUACAUUCACUGUUUUGGUUGUGUAUAAAUGUUCAUUAAUAAAAAAACAAAAAAUAAAUAAACACAUGUUCAUGUC